AUUUUGCUUUGAGCGAUUUCUCGGUCCACACUUCAACUCGUCCAUUUAAACACGGCUUUGCUAAGUUAAAUUGCAUGGUAUCGGAAGCCAAAAUUUUCGUUGAUUGAUGUUUGUUUAAGUCGCCUCUUCAAAUCACUAUAACAGUUUUCUACUGAUAACGUCAGGGAAAUGUUCGUAUAAUAAAAUUGUAUUUAAGUGAAGUUUGUUUGUGUCGUUUAGUUAAUCAUUAGUUUCCCUCCAAAUAAUCUAUUGUAUGCUUUACUUCCGAUAUGCCUCUUUUGAAGAAAAAGGCUUUCUCCACACAUACAAUUACGGAUAACUUGAAGGAUGAUGAAGAAGUAUUUUACUGUGAAAUUACGAACGAGAUCUUUAGAGAUUAUGAAGAAUUUUCUGAAAGAAUGUUUCUUUACAAUUCAAUGGUAUGGACAUGUUGCAUGACAGGCAAACAAAAUUUAACUUAUCAAGAAGCUUUAGAGAGCGAAGAUCAUGCAAAACAGAGCUUGAAAGAAUUUCCUAUAGAGCUCAGAUUACCGGUUCUCUAUCUUGCCAACAAAACACAUAGAACAUCUUUUGCUGAUAUGGCAGACGAUGUAUUCAAUUUUGUUAAAGAUAGAUAUUUCAUUGGAGAGAAUCUUGAAACAUCGUUCACUGGUACUAAAUGGAAAGAUUCUCAUGUGUUGCAAGUUAUUCCACCUUCUGAGGAUAUUAUAAAUGAUAGUCUUAAAAAUGGCAACAAAACUGAAAACCACUUUUUCCCACCUGCCAAUCUUUUCAAGUAUGAAAUAGAACAUUUAGAUGCAGACGAUAAUGACAUAAGUGAAAUAAUGAUAGUAGAUUGCAAUCAGAUCCGUCGACGAAAAGGUUCUUUUAAUCGAGACAAAUGUAAACUUUUUAUUAAACAAUAUGUUGAACACGACUCAAAGGGAAUAUUUGUAAUAAAACCUUCUGUUAUCGAAGAAUUGGGAAUUAACAGAAUGAAAUUUGAACAAAUAUUUGAUGGUCCCCUACCAAACUUUGAGGUAUCGAAGAGAAAAGAGAGAGCGCCUAAUGGAAAAAAGAAAUUGAACCAAGAAACUCUUGCGAAGUAUUUGACUAAAAUGAAUGGGGACAGUACAACUGCAGCACCGAAAAAAAAUGGCGAAAAGAAAGUAAAUCUUUUGGGGCAGAUGAAAAAGCGAGAGGAAGAAUUUAAAAAGAAACAGCAAGCUAAGGAUGAAGAAAGAAAAGCUUCAAAGAUUAAACAAAAGCAAGACAGUCUAUUAUUAAAUAGUUCAAUCAAAAAAUGGUUACAGCCAAAGGAAGAUACUCAAUUGGAAAAUCAAAAAAAAUUACCUCAAUAUAUGCCAGUAAUAUCAAAAGUGCCUGAAAAACAUUUUGGUGAUAUGCUUAUGGUAAUGGAAUUUAUAGAUUCAUUUUCAAAGAUUCUCUCAACAAAAGAUUUUUUUCCUGGCGGUGUCACUCUUGAAUUAAUGGAAAGGGCAUUAACGGAAAAAGAAAUUGCUGGUCCUCUUACUGAUAUUAUUCAAAUGCUUUUGACAGCAUUGUUCAAUGUACAGGAUGAAGAAUCGAAUCAAUAUAGAACAUCAAUAGAAUAUGUGGCAGAUAUAAAAGAUGAAUAUGUUUUUGAUCAACUUAGCCUCACAAAUGCAACUCGCCUGGCAACUAUGGCUUCUAGGUGGAGUAGAAGAUAUCAAGGUUUACCACUGGGACGACUGCCUCUCUAUUCUGUAACUGUAUCAGAGAUUCUUAGAUUACAUUUACUCUCUUCUGGGGCUAGAAUUAAUGAGACCGGACAAAAAUGGAGAUAUGCCGAAAGAGGUGGUUAUACAAGCGAGGAUGAUCCGGGUCUACAUUUACGGCUGCACCAUCCACAUAUUCUUAAAACUUUGGCUACACAUAACGUCGUUCAACUCACAAUAGAAGAAAAACUUCUCAUACUUGAUUGUCUCAUGAAUCAGUUGUUGACAUAUGCCGAUGUAAGAGAUAUAGUAGAAGAACGCUUAGAUAAACUUAAACAAGAAAAGAACGAUUUAAAAGCCAUACAAUUGAUAGAAAAGAAACGCGAACAGGAGUAUGUUGCUGCAAAACAAAAAUUACACAAAGAGUUGAAAGCAGAACCAGAAAAACUGAAAGACAGUUUAGAAAAGUUAGAAAUUAGUACUGAAAGAAAACAAGUUGAUAAUACAAGGAAAAUAUCUAAGUUAUUGAAGUCCAUUUAUGAUGGGCAACCACUAAUGGGUUAUGAUCGAGCAUAUAGACGGUACUUAAAACUAGAAUCAGUACCAGGAGUUUUUAUUAAUGAUGAAGACAUGCAUGCUGGUGUUUGCAAUGAAUCAAUUUGCCCACAAAACCCUGAUUUAGUAAAUGCCAAUAGACAAUAUUUACUCAAGCAUAUGAGGAAACUGUACAUUGAUAAUAAACAGAUCAAUCCAGCAAAAUCUUCAACAAAAGUAAAUGGUGAUUUAAAUUCGUCUCGGUUAAUAGUAGAUGAAGACUUCACCAAAUCAUUACUUAUGUGUACUGCCAAUCCUCUUAAUUGUCCUGUUCAUUCCACUAAUGUCGAAAGAGUAAAAUGGUCUUUUAUCUAUGACGAACUCCAACUUGCUGAAGUGGAAGAUAGUUUGAAUAAGCGGGGAAUGAGAGAAAGAGAACUACUCCAAGUUAUUCAAAAUGAUAGAGAAAGAUUGGGGAGUAUUAUUUCUCAAACGCCAUCAAAAUCAUUGAAUCCUAAUGUAGAAAUGAAGGAAACGAUUAUCUCUACAAGAAACGAUAAGAAGAUAAAAGACCGUUAUGAAGAUUCCAAUCUUGGUUAUCCUUCAACAAUGACCCCAGACGAAGUUCUAGAAAAUGCACUCAUUGACAAUAUCCUAGAAAUGGAAGAAAAGAUAUUUGCUGGUAGUUUAGGUUUUUUGCCAGUGAAAAACAGGGAAGAGUGGAGAGAAUGUCUUUCAAAUAAGAAGUAUGAUGACAUGAGUAAAGAUAUUGUGAGGCGUGAAAGGAAUAAAGAUGCAAAGACAAAAAUGUUGGACAAAAAUAACAGACCAAUCACACCCGAGAACACCACUAAACAAGAACUAAAAGUAUAUCAAGAUCCAGGCAGAUUUCUAGGUACUAACUCCGAUUGUAAAGUAAAUGGUAUUAAAGAUGAAAAUGAUUGUCCUUUGAUUGUAUCCGAUAAUUUUAAAGAAUCAGUCACGUGUUUAGCUAUUUCACUGGCACAGGUGGCUCAGGCUGUGGAUUCUAAAUACUUGAAAAAACCGUUGGGCGCGGCAGAUGUAAAUAAAAGUGAUAAAAACAAAGAAACUGCCAUACUGGAUAAAUGGGAGCAAUCACUUUUGGCUUCUACUAGUUACAGUCAAGUAUUUCUACACUAUGGUACGCUGGAUUCCUGUGUGAUGUGGUCGAGGUCAGCAUUACUAGCACGUUGUAGGAUAUGCAGGCGACAAAAAGACUCCGAAAAUAUGUUAUUAUGUGACAAUUGUAAUUUGGGCCAUCAUCUGUAUUGUCUUAAACCAAAGUUAACGAGUAUACCAAAAGGCGAUUGGUUUUGUGAUAGAUGUAAGAAGGAAAAAGAAAAGCAAGAAAAAUUGUUGAGUCCCCAACCGACACCAACAAAAAAAAGAAGAAUAUUUAGAGAUGAAGAUGUUGAAGAUGAAGAAGAAGUUUCAUCAGGAAACGGUUGUGAUCAAAUAGAAGUGGAAUUAAACGAUGAUGAGGAUGAACAAUGUUCUGAAGAAGAAAGCGAUAUUGAGGACGACGUUAUUAAUGGAGAUGUUAAAUUCGACCUUUGUAAAACGUGUGGUUCUGGAGGAGAAAUGAUUUCUUGUGAAAAGUGCUCUACAUGUUUCCAUAUAGAAUGUUGUGAACCACCGUUGAGGAGGUCUCCUAGGGGUCCAUGGACUUGUCAUCUUUGCAAAGGACCAAGACAUAAAGACCGCAGAAGAGAUUCAGAAUCUAGUGAUGAAGUUAAUCUUACAAAUAGGAGAUCCCAUCGAAGGGAUGAUACAAGGGAAGAUCUUCCUUUACACAAUGUGGCAUUGCAAGAAUUGCUAGGAGAAGUUAUGAGGCAUGCUGAUGCCUGGGCAUUUAUACGACCCGUUCAAAAAACAGAGGUACCUGAUUAUUAUGAUGUUAUUACUAAACCAAUGGAUUUUGGAACAAUUAAAUAUAAACUCAACAUGGGCAAAUACUGCAAUGAUAGUCAGCUUAUGGAAGAUGUUGUUUUAGUAUUUGAAAAUUGCAAUACCUACAAUGACAGUGAUGCAGAAGUGUAUAAGUGUGGAAUGAGGUUAUUGAAAUUUUUUGAAAAAAAAGCAAAAGAAUUAGGGCUUAAGCUACCAGAAGAAAUGAUGUCUGAUGAUUCCAAGCCACCUAAAAAGAAAAAACGAGUGAAGUAAUAAUGUAAUAUAUUUUUUUUAUUUAUUUUUUACAAAUAUAGCUUUCUAAGCAGUUCGUGGCAAAUUUACUUUAUUCACAACUUUUUUAUCAAAUUUAUAGUUAGAUCUACUGUUAAUUAGGAUACCAUAUUUAUAAUAAAAUGUCAUUAUGUUA